CCCAAACCCAAAAACACACAGGAAAGUCUCUAGUCUCUGUAAUUGAUUAAGCGAGAAUGGCAUCAACUUCAAUAGAAACGACGUCCUCUUUUUCUAGUCAAACAACAGCUACUGAGAGAAGAGGAAUACCAGGAGCUCAGUUUGUGGAAGAUGUACAAACUUAUCUCUCUCAAUUGGGUCUCGAUGUCAACUCUGCUCUUGCCUUUCUCCAAGAAAGACUUCAGCAAUACAAGUUGGUUGAGAUGAAACUUCUAGCUCAACAAAGGGAUCUUCAGGCAAAGAUCCCUGAUAUUGAGAAGUGCUUAGAUGUAGUUGCAACUUUACAAGCUAAGAAGGGUACUGGUGAGGAUCUUGUUGCUGAUUUUGAAGUGUCUGAAGGCAUAUAUUCACGUGCUCGCAUUCAGGAUACUGACUCAGUGUGUUUAUGGCUGGGAGCAAAUGUCAUGUUAGAAUAUUCAUAUGAAGAGGCCACUUCUCUUCUGCAGAAGAAUUUAGAUAAUGCUAAAGCAAGUUUAGAAGUUCUUAUUGCCGAUUUGCAAUUCUUGAGGGAUCAAGUUACUAUAACUCAGGUCACCAUCGCUCGUGUUUAUAAUUGGGAUGUUCAUCAGCGUAGAGUUCGACAAGCUACCACAGUGGCUAAAGAUUCAUGAAAUAAAAGUCUCAUUACAACCAUAUUUAGACGCGGCAGGAUUUCACCGGUUGAGAACAUAAUCCCAGUCUAUCUUGUUGCAUCAUUCGGGCGACUAACUCGUCUUUGUAUUAUACUUUUCUUUGUUCUCUCCACAUCAAGACUUAAAGUUCCAGAUCUUUUAGGGUGUUUUGUGUUGUUCAAUUUCAUCUGAUGUUAUGUUUAUUUUAUUUCACAGUUACUUUUGACAUAGACAUGGUGGUGGUGGGUAACAUGUUUAAAUUUCAAAGUUCUAAAAUUCUAAAUCCUUGGGCGACUGGAAGAAAUAUUGGGACCCAGAUAAAACUUAAAUGUGAAGUUUGAUGCCUUUUCUUGCCUAGUCUAUGUUGAUGUCAUUUCAUUUCUCUCUUAUCCUUUGUUAAAAGGA